GAUAUCCCAUAAAAACUCAGCACAUAUACACCAAGCAUUUUGUAAGAAGACACAGAGGGAAUUCUGUGCAUCAAUAAAAAGCAUGAAGUUUGAUGAUCUAAUUACGGAGAUCAAUGGUUUCGGCAGGUUCCAGAAGAUGAUUCUUUGCAUCAGUUUUGUCGGACGAUUCACUAUACCGUGCCACUUUCUAUUAAGCAACUUUAUCGCCGCCAUCCCGUCUCACCAUUGUGACAUUAGCUCUCUGGAGGCUGAGGGAAUUUUUGGGAAUUUGAGUCGGGAGCAGAAACUGGCUGCCAGUAUUCCAGUGCAGGACGAUGGUACUCCUGCUUCUUGUUACAUGUUUUCUUAUCCUCAGUUACAUCUAUUGCCAAACUCCUCCAGCAGCACAGAAGGUCCUGUAGUGGAGUGUCCGAAUGGAUGGGAGUUUGACAACAGCACAUUCAUCAGCACUCUCGCAACACAGUGGGAUCUAGUAUGUGAUAACAGAGGUCUGAAUAAAGCUGUGGCCACAAUCUUCUUUGUCGGAGUGAUGUUUGGAGCAGCUUUUUUUGGAGGCAUGAGUGACAGAUUUGGGCGUAAGCCAAUGCUGCUGGUGUCGUAUAUAUCAGGAAUGGCUUUUGCAUUGGCCAGCAUCUUUUCUUCCUCCUUCAUCAUGUUUGCAGUGCUGAGAUUCUUUAGUGGAUUCACCAUCACUGGCAUCGUUAUCAUCUCAACCAUACUCAAUGUGGAAUGGGUGGACAUUCAGCACAGGAGACUAGUAUGUAUAAUUGACAGUAUGGCAUGGGCUGUUGGGAGCACCUCAUUGUCUCUUAUUGCGUUCUGUAUCAGAGACUGGAGAUGGCUGACUGUGGCCGUCACUUCACCUUUACUACUGUCCACAGUCCUCUGGUGGUGGGUUCCAGAGUCGGCUCGGUGGCUAAUAGCCAAUGGGAAGGCAGAAAGAGCUCAUUUUUAUCUUCAUAAAUGUGCUGUCAUGAAUCACAAGGAGGAAGUUAUCUCAAGAAUCACACCUGAGGCUCUCUCUAUCAUAAUAACAGAUCAAGGAAAGAAAAAAUAUUCGUACCUGGACCUUGUCAGAACCCCUAAGAUUAGGAGACUGGCUAUGCUCACAGGAACCAUUUGGUUUUGUGUUGCCACUAUAACCUAUGGUAUAAGCCUCAACAUCACAGGCUUUGGACUAAAUAUGUACCUCACUCAGUUUGUGUAUGGGGCCAUUGAGGUUCCAUCUAAACUGCUCGUAUAUUACCUGCUGGAGAAGAUCGGCAGACGUAAAACUGAAGCAGGAGCUCAUCUAUUGGCUGGAAUCAGUCUUAUGAUCAACAUAUUCAUACCCAAAGAUCAGUGGAUUGGUCGUACAGUGGUGGCAGUACUGGGUAAAGGAUUCGCAGUUGCUGCUUUUUCUACAAUUGUAUUAUUCAGCUCGGAGCUUUACCCCACUGUUCUCAGGCAAAAUGGGAUGGGCUAUAACUCGUUCCUGGCCCGUCUGGGUGUGUCUGUGGCUCCUCUAGUCCUGCUUUUGGACAGUUUCUGGGGUCACUUCUCUCAGACCAUCCUGUGUUCUGUGGCAUUUGUCGCUUGUCUGGUGGCUUGGCAGUUACCUGAGACAAGAGGCAGGUGUCUACCCGAGACCAUAGAGGAUGUCGAGGGUACUGGGAAAAAUCUCAUUAAACAUCAUGACAAGCAGGAGGACGUGGAGAAAAUGAAAAUGAAUGAACCCACUGAAGACCACUAAGAUUUGUGUACUUUCAAUCCUUUUACCAAAUGUAUAAUACAAACUGAUGUUCUGUUAUAGUGUCAGUGGUGGAGGAAGUACUGAAUCUCAGUACUUAAGUAAAAAUACAAAUAACCAGAUAAAUAUUUACUUUAGUAAA